GCAGGCCCAGUCAUUAAAGUAAAGAUCCCGAAGGACAGGGAUGGGAAACAAAAACAGUUUGCAUUUGUGAAUUUCAAACACGAAGAAUCUGUUCCCUAUGGCAUGAGUCUGCUUAAUGGGAUCAAACUUUUUGGGAGACCACUCAAAAUUCAGUUCCGAUCAGGGAGCAGCCAUGCGUCUCAAGAGGUCUCCUCGCCCUGUGCCCCACAUGGAUUUGCAAACGGAAAUCCCUCCAGUCCUCAGCUUCUGGCAGCGGGACACAGCAACAGGUUCGAGAGGAAUGCCGAGAAUAUGCCAGCUGGCCAGAGGUCCUUCUCCCCUCUUGAUAACCAUCAGACAAAGGCCAUGAUAACUUCACCAUGGCAGCAGGCCCCAUCGUAUGGCAGAAGAUACAACUCUUUGCUUCCCGAGCCUUCGCCUGGAGGCCAGCAGGGCUACUCCUGGUCCUCGGCCUCCCCAGCGCACUGGCGCUCGGAGCCUCCCCACAAGGGCAGAGUGAGCUCCCACCCCUACCAGUCUGGCCACAGGCACCAUGACCAGGACCAGAGGCGGCUUGCGGACUGCGUCUCAAAUUACAGCUUCCGGGGGAACCGGGAAGACCAUUACCACGAUGACAGGAACUAUGGAGGCAGGAGCUGAAUUACGACAGGCGGAGUUACCGGGACGGGGGAAUGGCGCCCCUGCCCGUCACUAGCAAGUAUUCAGAGUGGAUUUUAUGGACUUUCCUUCUUGACGGUCCUUUCCCUUUUUAAAGCUUCCUUCCUUCCCUUUUACAGAGAGCUUGUAGACGGUAACUUCGCAAGUUAUCUUUUUAAAAAGAGAAAAAAAAAACAAGUUUUAUACAUAUCAUCUGCAGUAUGUAUUUUGAGAGAAAAGAGUUUUUGGAAUUGUAUUAACUUCCCCUCAGGGUUUAAGCAAAGGGAAAGGAAGAAGUGCCACACUUUUAAACAGGUAGAGAAAAGAAGACAUUGUGUUUAUUUUAUAAGGGGGAAAAAAAAGUUCUGCUUUGAUUUUAUUUGAAACCAACGUUGGUAUUUUUAUAGCAAGAACCCCUGAGGUGGUUCUGGUGUUGCUGGGAAAAGGCAACGGGGAGGAGAAAGUUUGGUGGCCGUUGAUCAUUUGGGUAAAACUCUCUCGCUACGGGAAUGAAGUUAUUUGAAUAUUCAUUGUAUUAAGUGUUUCGCUUCGUGGGAUCUAGAAAUAGAGCAAAUUUACCCGAGAAUUUGAUAAUCGGUAAUGAAGGAUGGGUUCUCUAUGCUGGCUCAAUGGGGUUUUUUUUUAGCUGAUCUGAUCUCACGGUUUUUAUAUCAAGGAGACACUGCAGUAUCUUUAAGUGAUUACCACUUCUCAGGAAAUUAUUGCAUGCCUCUCUGCCCCACUCAACGUAUGGGAAAAUAAUUCAAAUUCUUUCAUAAAACACAUAGAAAUUUCUCAUUUACGUAAAGUUAGAAAGCCGAUAUUUAAAUGAAACGAGAAAGAGGUAAGUAUUGAUGAGAAUGUGCACCCAUUGCAAGCUUGUAAUGAAACAUUUCCUCAUAAAAUGACUGGUUCCUGAUGAGACCUCAAAAUGCUCAGUAACUGGAGAGUCAAAUCGUGCUUUUCAGUCCCCCGGGUGGGCUACGAUCUCCACGCUACCCACCCACCCACCCCCUUCCUUCCUGGCUUUCGCGCCUGAAGUGCCAUCACCGCAUGCAACUGUAGCUCUUUGUAUUCUGAAAAAAUCUUGGAUUUGGCACUUGGGGAAAGGUGUUUGCCUGGGAGCACUUUUAAUUAUAAGAAACUAGCAGGCCUAGCUUUCUCUCGGCUUCCGUGGGCAUCUCCAGUGCCCCCUUUAAAAACAUUAGCCCUUGGAGUAGUAAUUAGUGUUUGUGUUUUCCGGGCACACCUGAAACAUGGGAUUGUGUUUCAAAUUGCUGCUUUGCGUUCGUACCCAUCCCGCAUUGGCAAAGUUGGUGUAUGUUUCACUUGGAGCGAAUUUUAGGGAAGAAGCAGCAUCUGUAACCUGGUUCACCUUAAUCUCUUUUCCCACUUCUUCUACAGUCCCAAGAUCACUAUUAUGUUUUCUACCAAACAGAAUUCCUUGAAAGAACAGAUCUAGUGUUUUUUUCCUGCUGCUUCGCUUUGCUUUGCUUUCUUUUUUGUUUUGAGGAGAUAGUUUUUAAGCCUUGGUUUACCCUGCAUGCCUGAAGGGGUUGAUUUUUGUUAAUAUUAAUGUUGACGACAUUGUUCAUAUGCAAGAAACGUUUUCUACUAGUAUUUCAAUGACCAUGAUUUUGAUGAUGCCAUAAAUUUAAAAAAGCCCCUAAAUUUCAUUUCUGACAAUUUUCCAGGAAAUCUCGUUGAGAGUAUUAAACGUGCCCUUCCUUAGGCUUAUGUAUAUGUAUAUAAUGGCAAAAAAAUAAAUAAACUCCUUUCUGGUAAAAA